GUGACUGAAUUAAAUGACCCUCUUUCAAAUGAGGAAAGGAACCUGUUGUCGGUUGCAUACAAGAAUGUUGUUGGAGCCCGUCGCUCAUCAUGGCGAGUGAUCAGCAGCAUUGAGCAGAAGACAUCUGCUGAUGGCAAUGAAAAGAAAAUAGAAAUGGUCCGUGCCUACCGUGAAAAAAUUGAAAAAGAAUUGGAAGCAGUGUGUCAGGAUGUGUUGAGCCUCUUAGAUAAUUUCCUAAUCAAAAAUUGUAGUGAAACACAGUAUGAAAGCAAAGUGUUUUACUUGAAAAUGAAAGGCGAUUAUUACCGAUACUUGGCGGAAGUUGCCACUGGUGAAAAGAGAGCAGCAGUGGUUGAAUCUUCAGAGAAAGCUUACAGUGAGGCUCAUGAGAUUAGCAAGGAACACAUGCAACCUACUCAUCCUAUACGGCUGGGCUUGGCACUCAACUAUUCUGUGUUCUAUUAUGAGAUCCAAAAUGCCCCUGAACAGGCUUGCCAUCUGGCCAAGACAGCCUUUGACGAUGCUAUUGCAGAGCUGGAUACCCUAAAUGAGGACUCUUACAAGGACUCUACACUUAUCAUGCAACUCCUACGUGACAACCUAACACUCUGGACAAGUGAUCAGCAAGACGAUGAUGGUGGAGAAGGGAAUAAUUAA